CGUCACCGCUCCAGCCACAGUGGGGGCUGUGGCUGCUCCCUCGUGAAGACGCGCGGUAGCUCCAAAUGUGACAAAACCGCGUCACGUUCGGAAAACUCUCCAUGCGCUGCAGACGCAAGGUACGGUCGGAUUGGCAUUAUGGAGGACAGCAGUCGUGAAAUGGGGCGCGACUUUCACCAUCCUUAUGAGCCAUACGACAUUCAGAAGCAGUUCAUGGAAAGUGUUUAUCAAUGCCUAGAGGGCGGUCAAGUCGGAAUAUUCGAAUCUCCUACAGGAACCGGAAAAUCAUUGAGUCUCAUCUGUGGAGCAUUGACAUGGCUGCGUGAUCAAAAAAGACAAAAGUUCGAAGACGGUUAUCCUGCACAAUCUGUGGAUGGCAACGAGCCCGCAUGGAUGCUGGAGCAUGCUCGCAAACGGAAACAACAGGAUGCGCUCAAUCGCAGACAGGAACUCCAAGAUCGUAUAACCAGGGUAAAAGCAGAGGAGAAGCAGAUCAAAGAACGUUUCGAGAAUGGAGGACCGCGUGUAAAACGACAGAAGGUUAUGAAAACAUCCAGCGUCAUAGAUGAUGUAGACGAGGCACGUUUUGUCUUGGACGAUUAUGACAGUGACGCCGACUCGAAAAGCCGGAAAGCAUCAGAGUUUGACGACUCGGGGUUAUCUGCUGACACUCAGCGGCUGAUGGAAGAACUUGGCAUGUCAUUAAAGCGAAAUGGAGAUCGUGAAGAGGACAUGCCUCACGAAACCACCAUAUUCUUUUGCUCAAGGACUCAUUCUCAGUUGACACAGUUCUCCAAUGAACUAAGACGUGUGAAGAUGCCACCAGCUAUCUCGCCUGAGCCUUCAAAGAAUACCUCUGAGCUGGAUGUACUGGUCGAAGACGUCAAGCAUUUGACACUAGGCUCAAGAAAGAAUCUUUGCAUCAACCCGAAAGUGCGCCGCCUCGGAAAUGCAACGGCGAUCAAUGAGCGUUGCCUUGAGCUACAGCAACCAGGUUCUUCGCCAGACUGCAAGUGUUCUUUUAUGCCUAACAACGAGAACCGUGCUUUGGUCAAUGACUUUCGCGACCAUACACUAGCGAAGAUCAGAGACAUAGAAGACCUGGGAGUUUUAGGGGGAAAAAUCGGCAUUUGCCCUUACUACGCCUCCCGUCCGACUAUUAAAGACUGCGAGGUUGUUACAUUGCCGUAUCCUCUGUUACUACAAAAAUCUGCACGCACUGCAUUGGACCUCUCUCUCACAGACCACGUUGUCAUCAUCGAUGAAGCGCACAAUCUUAUGGACGCAAUAGUGGGAAUAUAUUCUCUGUCUGUAACACUAGAUCAAGUACAGGAAGCGCGGACGCAGCUCACUGUAUAUCUACAAAAGUUCCGCAACAGAUUGAAAGGAAAGAAUCGCGUCUAUGUCGCUCAAACCAUACGCGUUAUAGACUCGAUCAUUAUGUAUCUCCGGUCUAAAGAUUUAGAUUCGGGAGAUGUUGAUGGAAUGGUCGAACUGGGAGAGCUCAUGUCGGGUAAAGGUGUGGAUUUGAUCAACAUCUAUAAACUAAACACAUAUCUACAGGAAAGCAAACUCGCUCGCAAGGUCGAUGGGUAUACGACCUUUUCCGAACAGCCACAAUCUGUAGAUCUAUCGAACAGCUCCGGUCUUGCUCAAAAACAGAACAUCAGACAAACGAUGCCCGUGUUAACUCACGUCCAGUCGUUCCUGUUGUCUCUUAUGAAUCCAUCAGAUGAAGGCCGCUUCUUCUACUCUAAAGACGAUUCCGGAAGUAUUGCCCUCAGGUAUUUGCUUCUUGACCCAACAUUCCAUUUCAAAGAAAUUGUAGAAGAUGCUCGGGCUGUUAUCCUGGCUGGUGGCACAAUGUCUCCAAUGAGUGAUUAUGAGAAGCAUUUACUGUCUUACCUAGAUUCAUCCAAGAUACGGACUUUGUCAUGCGGGCAUGUUGUACCACCAUCAAAUCUUCUAGCAGUCCCCGUCACCCGCACGCAUAAGGGAAACGAGUUUAAUUUCACGUUCGAGAAACGCAACUCGGAACAAAUGAUGUUGGACCUUGGCUGCACUAUUCUAGAUGUCGCACGGAAUAUCCCGGACGGUGUUGUCGUUUUCUUCCCCAGUUACACCUAUCUAGAUGCCUGCAUAGCCGCUUGGGGAAGAAGGCGUCUGGCUUCCGACGGAAAGUCGGUGUUGGAUAUGAUGCGACACACCAAACCGCUUUUCUUCGAACAACGCAGCCAGCCCCAAUCUCAGGAGGCCUCGGAUAAUACACCAACAAAUAAAGAGGCUGUCGUUGAUUCGGUUUUGAAUGCCUACAGUUAUGCCGUGAGUUCGGGCAACGGUCGUGGGGCAUUGCUGUUUGCCGUUAUUGGCGGGUCGUUAUCUGAAGGCAUCAAUUUUAGCGAUUCUCUCGGCCGAGGAGUGGUUGUGGUUGGCCUGCCAUUCCCCAAUCCUCAUACUGCAGAGUGGAAAGCAAAGAUGCAAUAUAUUUCGUCAAAAGCAGCCAGUGCGGGACUAGACGGGAAAGCAGCAGCACGCGACUUUUAUGAAAAUACAUGCAUGCGCGCAGUCAAUCAAUGUGUGGGACGUGCGAUCCGGCACCGGGCAGAUUACGCUGCGAUCCUCAUGCUGGAUAGUCGUUAUGGUGGACAACGUAUUCAGGCUAAGCUUCCUGGAUGGAUCCGAGGUAGUCUGACCAAUGGUGCACAAGGAGGAGAGAUCAAACGGCUUCUGGGCAACUUUUUCAGGGAUAAGAGCACAUAACCAAAGGUAGAGAGAUCGUCCGUAUGCAGAAUUGCUCUCCCCACAUUGGACUCUCACAUGUGCGGUUGUGGCUUGUUGAUCCAAUGUUGAUCCAGCUGGAUCUUCCAGACGAAUCCGAUGCUCGAUAAAUCCUACGGACGACUACAUCUCGAUCGAAGCUUGUUUGUAGGUGUAUGCCAUGCGACGUGGUGACUAACUCCGUCCACAACCCACGAUUCGGUUCGUGGAAAAUGUUGCUUUUCGUCAUGUCGUGAGACCCCGCCCCCUACAUCCCUGUAUCACCUGCCACCUUCCUCAAAAGCAAUCUAAUGAUCUUCACGCCUGCUGAAGUUUAUCUCGAUGAGUAUUGGGCACACCAUGCAGACACAAGAUAACGCCUAGACACAGCGUCGGCGUUGGCCUGCCAAAGUGUGCAACUUGGUGUGUAGGGGGCGACGCUGCAGGCUGGACCUGGGCACAUCCCAUCGGCCAUAUUACUGAAAACAUUUC